GGGGGUUUGCCCCGCCGGCUGGUGGGGCCGGCCGGCCAGUGGGUCGGUCGCGGGCGGCGGUGACGGACGAUGCUCCGUCUGGUGUCGCUGAAGUUGGGGCGCCUCUACCGCUACGUGAAGCUGGCGGUGCUGGGCGUGCUGGCGGCGGCGCUGGCCCUCAACUCGCCUUCGCUGCUGGCCUCGCUGCAGCGCAACGAGCUGGCCGAGCGGCGCUUCCUGCAGCUGAACAAGUGCCCGGCCUGCUGGGGCACCAGCUGGUGCCGCAAGUUCCUCAACGGGCAGCUGCGCCUGGAGAGCUGGGGCCGCCUGCGCCUGCUCGACUUCCUCAACGUCAAGAACGUCUACUUCGCGCGCUACGGGGAGCCCCGCGAGGGCAGCCGCCGCGUCGUCCUCAAGCGCCUGGGCUCCGCGCGCGAGCUGGCCGACAUCGACGCCAAGAUCUGCCGGCGCGCCACCGGCAGGGGACGCUGCGACUUGCUCCAGGCCCUGCACGCCACCGAGUUCGCCAGCAUCAACGGCGACGUGCGCCUCCUCACCCCCGACGUCGUGGAGGGCUGGUCGGACCUGGUGCACUGCCCCUCGCAGCGCCUCCUCGACCGCCUCGUCCGCCGCUACGCCGAGACCAAGGACUCGGGCAGCUUCCUGCUCCGCAACCUCAAGGACUCGGAGCGGAUGCAGCUCCUCAUCACGCUCGCCUUCAACCCGGAGCCCCUCGUGCUGCAGAGUUUUCCAUCUGAUGAGGGCUGGCCAUUUGCAAAAUAUUUAGGAGCAUGUGGAAGAAUGGUGGCUGUAAACUAUGUGGGAGAAGAACUCUGGAGCUACUUCAGUGCUUCAUGGGAAAAACGAGUGGACCUGGCAUGGCAGUUAAUGGAAAUAGCUGAGCAGCUGACAAAUAAUGACUUUGAAUUUGCCCUCUACCUCCUUGAUGUCAGCUUUGACAACUUCGCAGUAGGCCCUAGAGAUGGGAAGGUCAUCAUUGUGGAUGCUGAAAAUGUUUUGGUGGCAGAUAAAAGGUUAAUCAAGCAAAAUAAACCUGAAAACUGGGAUGUUUGGUAUGAAAGCAAGUUCGAUGACUGUGAUAAGGAAGCUUGUCUUUCUUUCUCAAAGGAGAUUUUGUGCACUCGUGUCACUGUGGACCACAACUACUAUGCUAUUUGCCAGAACCUUUUAUCAAGACAUGCCACCUGGCGUGGCACUUCUGGAGGUCUUCUUCAUGAUCCUCCAGCUGAAAUUGCCAAAGAUGGUCGACUUGAGGCCUUGCUGGAUGAGUGUGCCAAUCCAAAGAAGCGAUAUGGUAGAUUCCUAGCUGCAAAAGAAUUACGCGAAUACCUUGGACGACUAAGUAAUAAUGUGAGGUAGUUCAUAGUGGCCAGAAACUUUGAUCCUGGGGAAAAGGCACAUGGAAAAAAAUAAGUUAUGGACAUCAAAGAAAAACUUGUUACUGGUAUAUGGGGAAUGCUCUGUAUAAACAGGCAAGGUUACAUAUCCCACUGCAACCUGAGCUACUUUUGACUGGGUCAGAUGACAAGAUUGACAACUUAAGUGACUCUCAUCCAUAGGACUUCACAUAAAUCUGAGAUAGUUCCACAAUUUUGUGAAACUGAUGACAUAACUUGGAAAGUCAAGUUAUAUUUGCCUGUUUUAAAGGCUUUUAUUUCUGAUGUCAUUGUCUCUCUCUCUUUCUCCCUUUUUCUCUCUGCCCCUCCCAUGCGUACAACUUACUAAACUGGUAUUUGCAUACAUACUGAUAAGCCCUAGGUCUCUCUCAUAGUUCUAAAACUAGUAGGUCUUUGUUUGAAUACUGUGCACUAUUUGAGUACAGGAUUCCUCUGCUUAUUCUAAUGCUGAGUUCUUUCCACCGUUUCUUACUGUUUGUAUGCCUUAUUAAGGAUAUGCUUAUAAAAGCAGUCUUAAAUAUUGCGUGGACAUAACCAUUACAUUUGAAUUCUUUGUAAUUCUACUGCGGGUAAUGUUUCACAAGAUGGUUAACUGUAAAAUUCCAUCUUUAUUCCAUUAGGUGAAAAUAAUUAUUCAGCAGGGAAUCAUGAUCUGAGAACUAAUGAAGAUAGUUGGAAGUUUGGAGUAAAGCAGUACAACUAGUUAAAAUGAAGACAACAUACCAUUUUGCUAGUAUAGUAAAUCAUAAGCCAAAGAAAAUGGUUGUGCGUCUCUAGUCACCUAAAUCUGUACUGUAGUGACACUAAUCCAUUGACUUAGAUUUCAGUGGGUUUGUAGAUCAUUCUUUAGGAGAAACUUUGCUACUAGUUAAAAGCUUAGGAAACUCCACAUGUGAAUGAGAAAAUGCCUAGCAGGCUAGCAUUUGUUCUGCAUUAUUCACAGUUCUGCUGAAUUUGCAAUGUGAUGAUGUUUACGGAACUUUCAACCGUAGGGUUGGCUAUUUAAUAGUACUCAUGUUUACUGUAGAGGCCUUGCAUUGCAUUAAGUCUUUCAGUUCAGUCUUGUAAUGGUUACCGUACACCUGAAAUUGCUCCCACAGAUCGGAACCUGAAUGAGAAAUUGGAUCACUGCUAAAAUUAAUUCCCCCCCCUGCCUCUUUUAAAGCUUGUUUUCCUUUUCUUUGCACAUGGUAGCAAUUGCAGAGGUUCUCAUGAUUGGAGUGAUGAAAUUCAAAAGCUUCUGGUUAUAGGAAGUGACUGACUAGCUACAGUUUUUGUUUUAUAUUUGCUAAGCAGAUUUAUAUACCGCUUUAACAAAAGAUUACCGAAGCGGUGUACAAUACAAAAAUUGAAUAUACACUAAAAACUAAAAAAAAGUAUAAAAAUAAAUUGCAUUGCUCAAUGGUAUGUACAGAUGGGGGCACACUUGAGAAAAAGCAUGUGGACAAAAAAGUCUUAAGCAAGUGUCUAAAAUUGACAGGCAGUUCCAUAGUGGAAGUGCUUCAACACUGAACUCUCUGCUUCUGGUGUUCUUAGAGCAGACCUCAGGAGCAUUGAGAGUGCUUUUCUUUAUGACUGCAUUGACUGGGAUGGAAUAAGAGGGGUUCAAACAUUCUAGAACUAUCAGUUUGGUGUUGAGAAAUUCAUCUGGACAGAUGGAGCAAAGCAGUAGAAAAGGGAUGACAAAACCAUUCUGUUUCAAAACUGUGAAAGCAUGCUGAUUACCCCAGAAAGUUUGAAAUGAUUUUUCCAAACGUCAUUUUUAUUUGGUCCGCAUAGUCCUAACAUACAGCUGCUCAUUUUCAUAUUGUGUUUCUACAGUGUAAAUUUAUUCCAGUUUGUUCUUGGGCUGUUCCCUGCUGGAAUAAUUCUUCUUGCUGUGGGAUCCCCUUUCACCUUUGAUAUUAUGGCACAACCCCAUAGCACAUUAGGCAUGUUCGAGUCCUGCAGAAAUGAUUUUGAUUUAAUUGUGUUUAUAUCCCAUUUAAUUCAGAAAGCAUAAUUUUGGCUGGUUUCCCCCCUGGAUUCUUUUGCCUGUAGUCACAUAGCAUUUAUGUUGGUUUUAUUUUGAUUCAAUUUGCAAGCAAACCUAAAUGUGAGACUAAACACUAGCCUGCCAUGAAAAGCCUUUUAAUCUCAAUAUUAAUUUAAUACCCACAAUUCCUGAUGAAUGAGAUGGAUGAUUGCUGUAGGCUUUAAACAACACACACACAAAAACAAACCACUGCCAGCUAUUGAGGCAGUUUGACUGCCAAAUGUUCCUUGUGAGUUUGGGGUUGGAGUCCAUGGUUUCUCCUUGGAAAAUAUGCUCAUGAAGCAGGAUUCCAAUGACAAAAGGAGUCCACAAUUCUCAGUCUACAGGGAAAACACCUAUGUGGAAAGCAAUAAGUUUCCUUCAAUUUGCACCUAUCAAGUAUUUAUUGUACAAGGACAAUUUAUAUUUUUAGUCAUUACCCACGAAUAAUGGUGAAAUAUUUUUUGAAUGAGAUGUUUGGGGUUUGUAUGUGCAUAAAAAUUGUCUUUUGUACUGUAAGUUACUGUUUAAUUUGAUUAUCAAAACUGUCUCCUGUGCCUUUAUACUAAGGUUGUUUUUACAACUUCUCUUGACUAUUAAUAAAAAAGUACUUUAAGAA